UCCCUGUCCCCGUCCCGGGCCUGGGGGUGCCCGGUUCGGGGUGCCCCUCGGGGGACCGGGGGUCCCGGCAUGUCCUUGCUGGGGUCUCGCCCCGGUUUCCUCCCCCAGCAGUGAGGCUGCGGCUUCCUCGCUGCCUCCUCUUCCCCGUGCCCACCAUGAGGUGGCAGGAAUGGGGUGGCAACGGUGGGGACAGGGACUGGGACCCCGUGUUGUGCCGUGCCAUGCUGUGCCGUGCCGUGCCAGGCUGCGGCUGCCUACGUGCCAGCGGGCUGGACAUGCGACCUGCACUGGGCCAGUGCCCAAAGCCAGAGGGAAGUGGGACAGGAGAAGUGGAAAGAGGAACGUGGUGCGUGCAGGGACAAGGCAAGGGGACAGCCCUGUCCCCCAGUAUCACCUCUGCCAUCUGGUGUGGGCCCGCAUUUGGGGAUCCUGGGAAGCAUCAGGCACAGUGCUGCUCCUCACACUGGAGGAAGGGAUCAGGAGAAUUCCCAGAGAAUUCCCGUGUUGGGAGGGAUCAUAUGGGACACAGAGGCGCUGAGCCCCUCCUCAACAGCCACCAGCCUCCAGGCAGGGAGCCAGUGUGGCUGCCUGGUCCCAUCUGGAGCUCCGUGGCCGUACUGGCUGAGCUCAGCUGUGCCAGCAGGGCAGAGCCCCCCGGGACCCCCUGCUCACCAUGCCCAGUGGGGAGCACGGGCAGGGAUGCUCUGGGCUGGGAGCUGAUCCCCAUCCCCAGCCGCUGAGCCCUGACCCCGCUGUGUCCCGCAGGGUCCCUGGAUGCCACGGUGCAGGAUGGGCACCACGGCCGUGCUGCUGGCCCUGCUCCCCACAGCCUCUGCGCAGCCCACACCACCCCCGGGCUGCGGCCACGACCUCUCCUCCCUCUACUACAACCUCUGUGACCUCUCGGCGGGCUGGGGCAUCGGCGUGGAAGCAGUGGCCAGCCUCGGCGUGGUGACCACCUUCGUGCUCACCAUCGUGCUGGUGGCCAGCCUGCCCUUCGUGCAGGACCGCCAGAAGAAGAGCCUGGUGGCCACGCAGGUCUUCUUCCUUCUGGGCACCUUCGGGCUCUUCUGCCUGACCUUCGACUUCAUCGUGGGGCCGGAUUUCUCCACCUGCACCUCCCGCCGCUUCCUCUUCGGCGUCCUCUUCGCCAUCUGCUUCUCCUGCCUGCUGGCCCACGCCGUGGCCCUCAACUUCCUGGCGCGGCACAACCGGGCCCCGCGGGGCUGGGUGACGCUGGCGGUGGCCCUGUCCCUCGCCUCGGUCGAGGUCAUCAUCAACGCCGAGUGGCUCGUCAUCACGGUGGCGCGGCGCGAGGGCGGCCCCGCGGACCCCUGCCAGCUGGCGGACGCCGACUUCGUCAUGGCCCUCAUCUACGUCAUGGCGCUGCUGGCGGCCGCCUUCGGCGCGGCCUGGCCCCCGCUCUGCGGCCGCUACGGCCGCUGGCGCAAGCACGGCGCCUUCAUCCUGGCCACCGCCGGCCUCUCCGUGGCCAUCUGGCUGGCGUGGAGCGUCAUGUACCUGUACGGGAACCAGCGCGCCGGCCACAAGCCCGGCUGGGACGACCCCACGCUGGCCAUUGCGCUGGUCUGCAACGCCGCCGCCUUCCUGCUGCUCUACGCCAUCCCCGAGGUGACGCACGUGACACGGCGCAGCCCCGAGCUGCCCUUUGAGGACGAUGGCUACCCCACACGGGGGGUGGGCUACGAGACCAUCCUCAAGGAGCAGAAGUCGCAGAGCAUGUUCGUGGAGAACAAGGCCUUCUCCAUGGAUGAGCCGUCCUUUGCCAAGAAGCCGGUGUCCCCAUACAGUGGCUACAACGGGCAGCUGCUGACCAGCGUCUACCAGCCCACCGAGAUGGCUCUGAUGCACAAGGGGCUGAGUGAGGGUCCCUACGACGUGAUCCUGCCCCGCGCCUCCACCAGCCCCGUGCCCGGCAGCGCCAGCUCCACGCUCCGAGCCGAGGACGCCUUCGCGGCCCAGGCCCGGCACUCCAGCAUCCCGAGGGACUCCCGGAGCUGCCAGGUGCAGUCCCCGUACAGCAGGAACCGGUGGUGAAGCCCCCCAGGCACAGCUCCCGCAGCGCCGGCGCCGCCGCGGCCCCUCCGUCCCGCUGCCAGGGCUCGCCGAGCCUCAUCCCACCCUGACUGAGUGAAUGCCACCCGGGCGGCAGCCAGGGCUGCUUCCUGCCCGUGGGACGCCUGGACACGGCCCCAGAGCCAGCGCUCCCGCCUGCCCGUCCCACCUGGCCUCGGCCCCUCAUCCCUGCCUCAAGGACUGGCUCCCGUGAGGACACCCCCGGCUGUCGCCUCACUGCCUCGUGAUGCACAGACCCCCCGCCUCCCCCGGGCCAGGGACCCUCCAGAGCCCCGUGGGACCCCCCCAGGGCACCCCAGCACCGAGCCCCCGGCCCCACACUGACUCCCCAGCCCUGGGCACCCCGAGCUGAGCUGGCCCCAUCGCAGCGCAGGACACAAGGGGACACCAAGCUGUCCCCAGCUCUGCUCCUCCCGUGCCUCUGUUUCCCCGGUGCUGGGGGAGGGGGAUCAGUGCCUUGCUGGGGCUGGGGACCAGCCCCCCAUAGCUCUGGCCACCUUCUCGGUGCCUUUCCCCCCCUCGGGGCUCCCCCUGCCCGGAGUGGGGAGGGAGCUGGGCCCCUCGCCCUCCUGGCGGCUUUCUCUGUCAAGUUUCCUUUCCA